ACAGAGAACUUUUCCUCACCUCGGUUGGAUGAAGACGAGAGGAGAGGCACGUGGCUGACAUCUGAGUGUUUCUGCGUGGCUCGUGGGCUUGUGUGAGUUUGUUUGUGUGUUUAGUAAAUGAGGAGGUGUGUGUUUGCUCUGAGAAGUCUGAAGAAACAGCUGGAUCAGCAGAGCGUCUCUGUGCCCAUGCUGAGCCGCAGGUGAGUCUCACUUUUCUGUGUUUUUGCUCAGUAGAUAAUUUUUAAGUCCUGGAAUGUAAAAAAUUGAAACUAACACAACCUGACUUUUAAUUCCUAAAAUACAGACGCUGUCGUUUUAGUCUGUAUAGUGGUCAAAGUACAAAACUAUGUACAUCAAACUUUUCUUUUAGUUUAAAAAAUGAAAACACCUUGCAUAUAUUGUAACACAUUGUAAAAAGAAAUACUUUAUAUUUGAUUAUUAUUACAUAUACAUAUUUAUUUGAGAACACCCUCUUAAAACUUCUUAGUGUGUUUAUUUGUACUUGCUGCAUGUAUGUGUCUUUUACGUCCAAGAUGCUUCAAACCAGUUUCCUCUGGUUUGAUUAAAAAGUUAUUUUAUUGAACUGAGUUUUUACUAAGUUUUCAAUUAAAAAAUUAAAAAGAAAGUGCUUACAGAAGUUUAUCAUAAGAUUCUGUAACGUAUAAAUAUUUAAUUUUUCCGCUUGGACAAAGAGAGCAGUCAUCAAUCAGCUGUCAUUGUAGCUGCUUGGGUUGUUUUUUACGCCGCAUGACUGAUUGCAUGUAACCGAUCAUGCAGAUUUUCAUUGAGAAAAUUUUGUGUUAUACAGCAAGAAUCCCUGAUUAGAUACAAUAUGAUAGGAUACAAUUCGACAAAAUACCAUACCAUCGGAUAUGAAUGAAAACACAACGAUUUGAUGCGAUACAAUAAAGAAGGAAACAAUAGGAUAUAUUACCAAAAAAUAUGAUAACAUAAGAUAGGAUACAGUAUAAUAAGAUACAACACCAUAUAAUACAUUACAAUACAAUGAAAUGAAAUGGAAUGGAAUGAAAGGAUACAAUACAAUAUGAUACGAUGUGAUACAAUACAAUACAGUAUGAUAUGAUACGGUAUGAUUCAACAUGAUACGAUAUGAUAUGAUGCGAUAUGAUAUGAUACGAUACAAAACAAUAUGAUAUGAUACGAGAUGAUAUGAUAUUAUAUGAUAUUAUGCAGUUCAAGAUGAUAUGAUAUGAUAUGAUAUGAUAUUAUCAGUUCAAGACGAUACGAUAUGAUACGAAACGAUACGAUACGAUACGAUACGAUACAAUACAAUAUGAUACAAUACAAUAUGAUACCAUACCAUAUGAUAUGAUACGAUGCAGUGGGGUACAGGAUAUAGGCUGCAUCAUACAAAAUGACAUGAUACAGCAUGGCAUUGCAAAAGAAGGAUCAAUAGCUUUUUUUUUUUUUAACAUGGAGUUUGCAUGUAACUCCAGUGAGUGUUUUUCUGUCCUGAUGUAACACCGUGGCUCUGUUCAGCAGGAUGUUGUAAGAAGAGUUGUCACAUUCAGUCUGAAAGCGAGACCUUCACGAUGCGUUCACUGUCAGGAGUUCGAUGGACCGUUUUCUGUCUCCUGCUCUGGAAGAAAACAGGUGAGUUUCAGUUGGACUCAUUUGUCUUCAGACUAACAAAAUACAACUCUGUCUAGUAAAAAUGAAUAAAAAACAACUGCACUGAUAACAGUAACUGCCAACACUCCUGUUUCACCUGAGUUUCAGUCAUAUUUUCAACCUUCUCUGAUGUUUCUCCAGUAAACUCAUGGGAUUAUACUUUUAUAAUAACCGAUCUUUCCUGGAUUGAAACAUAUGAUUGUAUUAUUGGCCGGAGAUAACAAAGUUGUAAAAACUUCAACUACAUUAAAAUAUAAAAAACUCCUCCCUUCCUGCAACCUGGGAACCCACAGUGCCCAGAGUGUUAUAAGUUAAAGCUUAGCUCUUAAUUUCAUUGAUAUAAACUGUUUUUUAAAGACUGUUUUGGGGACACUUGCUAAUGUAAUGCCAUAUGCUCAGCUAAAAAUGGUUCAACCUUGGCUACCAUAAAAAAUGAUGUUUCAUUUAAAGCAUCAAAAGUGGUAUUUCCUCUGCUAAAGCUGUCACAGGUCAAAAGUCUUUAUUUUAAGAGUCAGAACGAAAUUGAAAUUGUUUCAUAGUUCCUUCUGGGAAAGUUUCCAGAUCCCUGGAGCAGGGAUUUAACCUUCAGCUCGUAAAUACUGACACAUCACAGAGAGGAGAAUAGUACUCUGAAAAAGACAAGUCAAACAACAAAAACAGGGCAUACUCAUAACUCUUAAAUUUGUUAUCCGUCUUAGAAGAACGUUUCACUAAUGCACCUCCUGUUCCUCCACAGCUCCCAGUGAGGGUCUGCGUUGCUCUGUGGAGGGUCAAGCAGAGGCCCAACACCCUGUUCAGGGUCUGCUGGAGAGGUUUGAGGCUGGUCCAGGCUGUGCAGCCAGAGAACAAGGAAACAAGGAGACUCAUGUGAUUGCAGUGGGGAGAGCAACCAGCAGCUCUGACAGAAAGGUAUAAGUCUCUAAGCCGCCCUCAAAAAACACCUGUGGCUUUUAAAGACGGAGUAAAUAGCAUUUUAAAAAUCCUAAAUAAAAUAGAUUUUAGUAUCAAAGUUAACUUUUCGUUUGGAAAAAUGAAAGACAAAAGAAGAUGAGAAUAAAACUGUAUAGAUAAUAUUUAAAAAAGAGCACACAUUAUUAUACAAAUCACUGUACAGACCUCCACGCCACAAAUUUUUGAUAUGAGUUAACUUUUUAGCUUUCAGAUUUUGCACAACCCUCCUGUUGACCCUGCUGACAUUACCCACACUGAAACUUUGACAUUUUAUGGAGGAAAUUUGAAGUAUCUCUUGGAAGAAAAUAGGAAAUGGAUAAAUGAUUAAAAGCCUCAAAAAUAGGAAGCCUGAGGAGUACAAUCAUUUCUCAAGCUAAUCAAAGAUAAAUGAGAGCCAGGCCUGUUUGCUUGUCAAAGAAAUAACUGCAAAGAAAAGGGAAAGAGCUUUUUUUUAACCAGAUGGUUUGUAGUGAAAGUAAAAAUAUGGCGCAUCUCUCUUUUGGAGAGAUCAAACCUAAAAUAGGUUGAUUUAUUUAUAUAUUUUUGUGAUUCAACCUAUUUUGACUGCAUCUAUUUUAAACACCAUUAUUACUAAUGACCGGUUGUAUAAUCCCACCACUGUUUUCCUGUCUGCAGGUGACAGUGUUGUUGAAGCCUCUGUCACUCACCCCCUCCCCUCUCAAAGCCCUCCACCUGCUGCUCAGCUCCAAGCUCCCCGUCAACUGGUAUCUGGAGGCUGAUAGACUCCCUCCAAACCUCCCAGUGGUGGUGCAGGUCAGUCUGAAUGAGAAAAUAGUUGUAUCCAAUCACAUAAAAUCCAGUUUUCCUCUAGGUUUGUGAACUCCCAUUUCCUGUUUUCUCUGCUAGAUUUCUUCAAACUCCACUGUACAGUCCAACUCCCUGCAUCUGCAUGUACAAACUGUGCAUUCACUGCCUUUUCGUCCACGGGCGCUGCACCGCUGGGCACUCAAACACCAUGGCAACCUGUCCUCUUUUACACACACAACUCAUGGAAACAGAGUCUACAUCAAACUGGGGGAAGGUAAGGCCUCAGAAAGCACAUACUAAGUAACAGAAGAACCAUAUCCCCAGAAGUGGAUUUUUAGAAGUUGAGGUUUAAUUUACAUUAUAUUAUUAUUACAUAUUUACAAUAUGUUGUGCAAUACACCCUUUAUUGCCCUGUUUGAUGAGGGUAAGGGCUGAAGCUACUUUUAAACUUGUUCGACAGAUUUUAGUCGAAGGAUUUUAUGACAUCAAACCCUCUUGCUUUGUCUUUACAACAGAUCCAAACCUGCCUGCUCUGUGUCAACUGCAGUCCAUGUUCCUCUCCCACAACUACAUGACCUCUGACCUGCAGCAACAGGAAGUGCAGGGCUGCUCAGAUGCUCUAGCAGGAGCAAUCAGUCCUGAAGUUCACGUGAUCAAACUCCAUUCAGCUGGCUCAGGACUCUGCGGGUGAGAUCAGGACUUGGACAAGUCUGCACUAGAACGUCUAAGCUUGUAAUCAAGCCAUUUAAGGUCCUGUCCUCCCCUUUCUGUUCCUCAGCUCUUUACAGGUGGAGGUAGUUGUGUCUCUGGUGCCCCCAGUGAUCAACUCAAGGACCAAGAGGGUUGUGCUGGUCCUCAGCAGCUCAGUGCCGGUCAACUGGGCCAUUGUGUCUCAUGGUGUACGAGGUCAUAUCUCUGUUCAUGUAAGGAGUACACCUGACUCAACAGUUUAAAAAAGGGGCCUAAUACACUCAUUUUACCUCUCAAAAAAACCCUCCUGCUCCUAAACUGGCGCCUGUGUAAACCCUAAUAUCAAUCAAUCAAUCAAUCAAUCAAUCAAUCAAUCAAACUUUAUUUCUAAAGCACUUUUCAUACAUAGAAUAUAGAACAAAGUGCUGUCCAAUGAAAUAAAUGAAUAAAAAAUACAAAUUUAAAACCCCACCUCCCAACCCCCAUUCAACACACACAGCACCCACACGCUCACACACACAGAUGCAUUCACAAAAGAUCAGGUGAGGACUCUUCGCCUUGCCACAGAUGACUGAGGAAACAUUAUCUUGAGUUAAAAAAGAUGAGGAAACACUGGAUCCAGGACUAAAAUGAUAAAACCAUGAUAAAAUAUUAUAAAGGGGAUAAAGUGUUAAACGUUGAUUAAAUAAAACAAUCUUAAAAUCAAACAAGAACAGAAAGUAAAUUAAAAAAAGGCAAUAAAACACAAAAUAAUAACUCUAGGACUAAAAUAAGGUAAAAUCAUGUAAUUCAGAUUAAAAGAUUAAAACAAAAUUCAACUAAAAGCCAAAUUAAAAAGGUCGGUCUUCAGUGCAUUUCAGCCUCUUUGUUUUGGCUGCUCUCCCUGUGAUAUAAAGCUUUUGGAUGUUACUUUUUACACAGUUUUGUCGUCAUGAAACAACACAAAAAUGAUGCCUUUAAAAGAAACUGUCUGUAGCCAGCCAUUAGCACCAUCUAAGCUCCCCAUUUUGGCCAUGUAAGCAUACAUGAACUACAGAAGCUGCUUAUAUGCUGUUGCUAUGUUGGAUUUAAGGAGGGCUAUUACAGAUGGAAAAAAAGCUAAUUUCAGUUUUAGUUGAAGAAACCCAGCUUAUAUUAGCCCCCAUUUAAAAAGGAGAUAUCAAACACAAAUAGCUUCAUUGUUGUUUCUUUCCCUUCUGUAGUCGUCCAACAGUAUCUCUCCUCCUUUCCCACCUGAGCCUGACUUGACCGUGUCCAGCUCACUCAACUCUGACCUGUCCAGCAUACCUGACCUGCUGAUGUGGGCCAGUGAGAACGGCUACACCAAGGUGACGUCGUACACCGAGGCUGACCUGGCCAAUCGCUUUGUGAUCCAGCUGGCCGGGGGUGGGACAGGUCAGGACUGCUGUGUGUCUCUUGUUUCCAUCACUGUGUGAGUGACCUGAAAUCACCAUUUAUUCAUUUCAGUCCAUCCUUGUUCUUUAUCUCCUUUUUUUAAACAACUUUUGUGAUCGGUCUUUUUUGUCCACAUUUUCACCAAAUCUUUCGUGCUGAACAAAAGACAUUGAAGUUUUUGAUGUCGGUACAUGUCUUCUGCUUUCUUGAUGUCCAUAUAGAUGAGGUUGAAGAGGUGAAUCCUCUGGUUGUAAAGCCUUCAUGGGCAGAGGAGCGCAGACUGAGGCAGUGGUUAAACGGUGGGGACGGAGCAAGAGGAGGGCGAGAGAGUUUCACGGUGCAGUGCGAAGAUGGACGCCUGGACGUGACUGUGGACCAGCAAAUCCUGCAGGUCUCCACACACCAGUUGUUCACUUUUAUCAAUAUUUUUCUCUUUGUCACUUGAUAAAAGGAAUCAAGUUUGCCUUUAUUGAAUAGGACAGCUGAAAAAAGACAGAAAAUAUGCAGAGCGGGAUAGUUUUAUGUGUCCUCAUGGAGUUGAAUGACCUUUCUAGAAAGUCUAACAUCUGCUCUCAUGAAAUUAUUCAGUUUGAGGUAACAUACAUUUUCUCUCUCAGAGUCUGUCUCUCCCAGUUGCUGCUGUGACUCUUCGAGACUCUACGUGCCAGGCUCAGUCCAACGGGAGCCAUUUCCUGUUGGUGUUCCCAGUCAUUUCCUGUGGGACUGAGGGUCUGAAUAUGGGACAGCCCAGAGGGGUGCAGUACAAAAACAUGGUGAGUUACUAUUAUGUGAUUUAUUUGAUUUAUUAAUCUUAACAUGCACGUAUGUCACAAUCUUUGGUUUCAAAAGUUUGACAAUGAUAAUCGUAUUUUAUCAACAACUUAAAUUAACAGAGAGAGGCAGAGAAAAUGUUGAUGUCAAAAUGACGUAUCUAGAAAAAACAUUUGAUGAAAAAUUAAUCUCAGACUUGACUCUGUGCUUGUUGAAACAUAAACACUAGUUGCAUAACGGACACCCAAAAUUGUGGUAAAAGGGGAGCUGCACUGGUGAGGUGCAUGACCGGGGUCAUCAUGACCAGAACAGUGCUAAAUUAGAGCUCAAAAAUAGGAUGCUGCGAAGAGGGAAAUUAGGUGAGAGAAAUGUCAGUUCAGGCUCAGGAAACUGUGGCGAGGGAAGGUAAAGAGCGAUCUCUGGAAGGAGAGAAAGACACAAACAAGGCAGGAAGCACUGAAUGGAAAUGAAUGAACCAUAAUGUGUCAAAAGAGAGAUAUACCUCCACAAUCAAGACUAGAAUUAACACCUCGAUUUCUUGAAAUAAUAACUUCUGCAUUAACUUCCUCUUAGCCAUCAACAAAGAGGAAAUAAACGUUGUCCUUGUCCCCAUUUUUUAAAAACAUGUUGCUGUAAUCAAAUUUAAAAUGAGCCUUUAUUUUUCAUUAACAAUUAAUCUUUUCAAUUCCAAUGUUUGAAAUGUUGUCAAUAUAUUGUUGAUAUAUUUCCAAUCAAAUUUGGUUUCCAAUUAAUUUGCAAACAACAAGAUUCAGAUUUUAUCAGCCUUUUACACAACAUCCUAAAUUUUGGGGGUUGUGUCCCCAGAAAGGAGUAAGUAAUAAGAGAACUUUGAGGUUAAAAACAGCUGAGAUUUAUCCAGGUACAGAUUAUAGAGAUUAUUAUUUGUAUAUAAUCUCUUGUAAAUACAGCUAGCACCUACAAAAGCUGUGAUAAAGCCGCCUGUACUGCAGCUCUUGGAACAGACAUCUGGGUGUCAUCAGCAUAUACGUAUAUAUGAUUCCCCCAGGAAGACACAGAUAAACAGGAAACCAUGGCGGACCAAAACUGAACAUAAUCUAUGACAGAACAGAAUGACAUUUUUACUGAAAGUGUAAUCUUCUGUCGACUCUUUGGAGUAAAUAUUUUGUUGUUUUAGAUGUUGAUGGUAGUAAACAAGUUGGCAUUGUUGAAAAGAAAAUCUCUUCCUCUUCUCUUGUCAGGUGUUAUUAUGGAGAGAGAAGCCUCAAACCAUUCGUACUUUGAAUGAGACAGAGAAGAUGACCAAAAGUCCACUUGGCAUACAUGUAAGACAUCUGCUCAUGUCAUAAUAUUUGUUUGUCUACCUUAUUUUUGUCAAAUAAACCUGGAUUCUGCAUUUUAUGUUCUCUUUAGACCUGUAAUCUCUUGAAUCUCCUCACAGUUCAGUUGUCUGGCUGCGGUCCCUGCCCCUCUGCCUGGUCCUGCAGAAAGUAAUGAAGAUGGUGUAAACACUCCACUGGUGGGGUUAGUCCCCUGGAUACCCAAGGAUCUAGGGCCUGAUAUGAGACCAAGCCACUUGCCGAUAUCCAGAUACAGAUCUUGGCCUGUUCUUGUUUUGAGACUUUUUGUCUCUGAGGGUUACGAGCAGGGGCGGGACGGUCCCUGUGUCAUAACUGCAGACCACCGUGUCUUUGUUGAGGUAGAUGUUUGUGUAGAGUAUUUCCUUUGCUUCUGUAGUUAUCAUCCCUCUUUUCAUACAUGAACUUCAGCUUGUCUUCUUUAUUUCCACACUUUAGAUAUCAGCCAAAGGGUCCUUCAUAGACGCCGUGGAGGUGAAGUCAUGUGUGGUCUCUUCUUCAUCAGACCCUAAAAAGUCUCGUUUUUGGACUGUCAUUAGCGACAGCUGCUCCUCAGACCCAUCCGUGAUCCUAGCUCCCAAGACAAGAGAUGAAGAAGAAGAAGACGAAGAAGAAGAGGGUGAAGGUGAUGGUGAACGAGAAAAGGAAUCAGAGGAGACAGAAAGAGUUGGGAAAAGUGACUUUCACAACAGAGACAGAGAUAUCUUAUUCAAAAGUAAGACUGACAGAGGCUCAGAAAAGAUGAAGAGAAAUCCAAGAAUGAUGGCAGAGGAAACGAUACACCCCCUGAGAUUUAGUUUCAUCUUGCGGCCUGUUUUUAACGACUCUAUGCAGUUCCUCCACUGCAGCCUUCGCCUGUGUCUGUCUGACUCACUUAGAGGGACGUCUAUCAAGGACAUUGGAAAGAGUGGAUGCCAGAGUGGGCUACAUAUCCCUCCACUUAUAUCCAGAUCACCUGGAGCUCAGGUACUUCAAUGACAAUCUACUCAAAGCGAAAAAAAAAAAGACAGAAUUUAGGAUAUGACAUCCUGACUGAAACAUGGGGCCCAGUCCUGAAGGCUUGCAUGAGGAACGUGUCCACCUGCAGUAGUUUUCAGUCCCAUUUGAAACUCAAUGUCUUAAUCUUAUUUAUAAAGUCAUAAUAAACAUAAAUAUUCUUUGUCUAGUCCCAGUGUGAGAUCAGAAACCUCUCCAGACCCAUGGUCGUCACCCAGCCCAUCAGCUCACUGGUACGCAAAAUGCCGAGGCCCCCUGCAGGUCAAAGAACCAAACGACUGAGUGUGUCCCCAUCAGCGAUUCCAGACUUCCAGAGAAGUGAGUAUCAUUUAUUUAUUCACGUUUCUGUGUUAUUUGGAAACUGCUAAACCUUUCACGCUCUAUACUCUGUCUCCAGGUCCUGUGAUGCAGAUCGGAGUUUUGAUCAGUGUUGUCUUCACUGCCUUUAUAAUGGGGGUCAUCCUGAUGGGGGGUCUAUGGUGUGUCUAUAAUAAAACAGGUAACAAGAUCAGCUUCUUUCUGAGACUGAAAAAGGGUGCAUAUCAAAGAAAUACGAUUUAUUUAUAAAAGUAGGAGGUUGACUUCAUUUCUUUUAUUUUAUUGAUUAUAUUUAUUGUAUUUGUUUUUAUUUUAUUUAGUUUUACUUUAUCUAUUGUGCUCCCGUUGUGUUAUUUAUAGUUUUAUCUUGCUGUGCAGCACUUUGUAAACCUUGCGCUUGCUUAAAUCGUUCUAUAUAAAUAAAAUGUAUUGGAUUGGAUAAAGCUUAAAAUUCACGAAUAAUGUGCCUUUGUGCAUGUAGUGAAGCCUAGGCUGUGCUCCAAACAGACCACAGUUCCUACAGAGAAAAAAUACAGAAUCUACAAUGAGAUGGCAUCUCAUAACUAACUCUUUGUUAGCUUCACUGACAUUAAUAUCAUUGAAAGAGAAAUUUAAAAAGGCAUAUAUAAUUGUACUUUUUCUAGGUGCACGUCCAGCAUCGCUUGAGGGACACAACCACUUUACAAACCUGACUCAUGAGGGUCCGAACAUGUGGAGUCCAUCCUCAGUGUCUAAUCAGUCCUCGAGUUCUGUGUGAAGGUAAAAUCUGAUUGAAUUUGAUCAGAUAUUGUACGUAAGUUCAAGUGCAGGUCGCAGCAUCCAUUCAAAGGCACAGGAAAGGUGUUUUUAAGAUGGAUUAAAAAUGUUCAUGUUUGAAGAAUAUCAACAUAAUAAAAGAAAAGCCACAUCACGACCUUCAUGUGAUCCUUAAAACUUCAUGAAAAUAAACUGAAGUGGUUAGAAGCACCAACUGUUACAACACUUAUCAGCAUUCAGCAGCAGCUGCAGAUUUCAGAUCUGACAUGGCAGAAGAGUCUGAACAGUUUUAUUCUCUUAUCUCUUUCUCAGGAUUUCCUCCCUGCAAAUCUGAGAGAGGGGAACUGGGACAAAAGUGUGUGUGAGUGUAUGAGAGAGUGUGUGUGACAGAGCACAGCUGCCCGUGUGUGUGUAUAUGUGUGUGUGUGUGUGUGUGUGUGUGUGCAGAGCUGUGUUUGUGCAGCUUUCUUUGCGUGUCUCUGUGCAGCAGAUCUGAGGACUGAAACCUGGUGAACACAGAAUCACCUCCUCAUCACAGCUUUGUGAAACGCUGUUUGUUUGAUGCCAUGAUACACUCUGCUUCAGUCAUUUUGAAACUGGCGUGACAAGCUGAUCUGGAUUCAAUGUGAUCUGAAGCUGGCGAGAGUGACUCACAUUGAAACCACAUCUAGCCUCCAGACGGGAACAUGAGGUCAAAGGUCACUGAGGAGGUUACUGUUGGUGUCUUUUCAAAGUAUCUGUACAGAAAACAUUUUUUUUCUUUUUGUUCUGUGACUGUAAAUCAGCUGAAUGUCAAAAAUGCGUUCUCUUGUAUGUGAAUUAUUUCCUGUUGGCAAAUAAAUGAAUAUUAAACAAACAGAGCAUCAUGUUGA